AAGCGGAAGAGGCUGCAGGGCUGGGAAGCCUCUCUUACGCCGGCCGGGAACUGGGGUCGGCGCUGCCCGCCGUAAUGCCGAGCCCUCGGAAGAGCGUCGAGGGACGUCCGCUGGUCGCCUCCGCCGCGAACAGCAGCAGUCCCGGCAGCCCUGCCCAUGGCGGCGGCGGCGGCAGGUUCGAGUUCCAGUCCCUCCUCAGCAGCCGCGCGCCGGGGACCGACCCCACCUGCGCGCGGCUCCGCGCGUCCGAGAGUCCCGUGCACCGCCGCGGCUCCUUCCCCCUGGCCGGGGCGGGUCUCUCACAGGCGUCCCCGACCCCGCUACCAGAGGAGAACCGUAUGGACCUGAACCCGUCCUUCCUGGGCAUCGCUCUGCGCUCCCUGCGGGCCAUAGACCUGUGGCUGUCCAAGAAGCUGGGGGUAUGCGCGGGGGAGAACUCGUCCUGGGGCAGCGUGCGGCCCCUUAUGAAGUUGCUGGAGAUCUCGGGCCAUGGCAUCCCCUGGCUGCUGGGCACUCUCUACUGCCUGUCCAAGAGCGACAGCUGGGUUGGCCGCGAGGUGCUGAUGAACCUGCUCUUCGCCCUACUGUUGGACCUGCUGUUAGUGGCCCUGAUCAAAGGGCUGGUCCGCAGGCCCCGCCCGGCUCAUAACCAGAUGGACAUGUUUGUCACCCUCUCGGUUGACAAGUAUUCCUUCCCCUCGGGCCAUGCCACAAGGGCCGCCCUGGUGUCCCGGUUCAUCCUGAACCACCUCGUGCUGGCCAUUCCCCUGAGGGUGCUGGUGGUACUGUGGGCCUUCAUCGUGGGCCUCUCCAGGGUCAUGCUGGGGCGGCACAAUGUCACCGAUGUGGCUUUUGGCUUUUUCCUGGGCUACAUGCAGUACAGCAUUGUGGACUACUGCUGGCUCUCACCCCACAAUGCUCCAAUCCUCUUUGUACUGUGGAAUCAUCAAUGACACCAUCUCAAUGAUUAUGGCACCAGGACAUCUGAAUGUUUCUGCUCCCGAUGAUGAUGUCGCCAUAAACCAGCAGCAAUCCCACUUGGACAAUUUGGGCUUCCUUUGGGAUUUCCGGUGUCUCACCAUCUUGAUGUGUCGCUAGGCUGGAGCACGUGCUGGCCAUUACUGAAUACAGCCAUAUUGGAGAAAGCAAAAAAAAUCCCUCAAGUAUAUAUUUAUUCAACAACUGUCUCCAGGACAACUGCAAAGGACCCCAGCUUGUGUGAUACUGGUUUUUAGAAGCUGACAUCAGUAAAAUUUGUGUUUUGUAGUAAUCCUAUAAGUCAACAUACCACUUGUAAGUUAAAUUUUGAAAAAGAAACACAGUCUUCAUUCUGUAAAUAUAUAUAUGCAGAUGAGUCACAUACUAACGAUCCCAGUUCUUGUCCUGAAGUAGAUUUUAAACAGUAUUUUAAGAAAAAGAAGAAACUUUCUAGUUUAUUCCCUGAAGGUUUGUUGCCACACUUGGGAGAUUUCUUCAUAAUCCUGGUAUUCUUGGUAAGGAUUUUUUUAUUUUACUGUCUUUUUCAUCCUUCCUGACUGGGCAGAGAGAUAAGUACUUGUUUCUCUCCCCGUCCCUUCUACCCUCUCAAAAAAAUCUUUAUUUAAAGAUUUAUCUAUUUAGAUAAUUAUUCCCCAGUACUCUAUAAUUCUGUCUUUAGCAUUCAGAGAACAUGCCAAGAACUUACUCAGAGAAGAAACACUUAAAAGUGGACAAAUCUAAGGUGCUCAUAGAAAAGUAAGGAUGGAACUAUGGCCUCAUGCUUAAUUCUGUUGACAGCCAAUAAUGUGGCAUAACAAAAAGCAGAGAAGCUAAGUUGUUGGGGCAAGUCAGAAGAACUGAGAGUUUGGGAGUAGACUGGCCAUGUUAUUAAAUCAAUGGACUGGUAUGACAGAAGAUGGAGUCCCGCUGUCCAGGAUCUCUGUGAAUAGAGUAAUGCAUCCCAAUGAGAGUAAUAAAACAGGAAAAUAAUGUGUUUCUCUUCAGUGUAAGUUCUCUCAUAUAUACCAUAAGAAUGACCCUGAAUACUAUAGUUUUUCAUAGGGAAUUCCCUUUCCCUGUAUAUAGCACCCUUUAGGCAACAGAAUUUAUCUUGAAAUUCAUCAGGAAAAACCUGCUGCUGCUGUACUAGGCACAAGGUAUAACUCCUAAGUUUCUGUUUCUAUUGAUCAUUAUAUUUAAAGUAGUUAGUCCAUAGUGGCUCCCCAAAUCACAAGACCAAAGACCACCAUAUGCAGAAUGAACUUGCCUCAUUUUACCUUGAUCAGUAAGAGAGAAGAGGGUAUGGGCUUUAAAUGCUGCUCUACUUGGAAAGAAUCUUUGAAUUUCCUAUGGAACUGAUGUAUUGAGAUAAUCUUAAUGCCCAAUUAUUUUGGUAUUUAUAAAUAGAAAGGUUUGUGGACUAUGAUCUGGCAUACAGAGGUACUGAUAGGGAUCUAAGAGAAUGAGUAGUACCUGCUGAUUGUGUGGACCCAUUAACCUUUUGGAGAAUUAGAGGCACAAAGAAAGAGGUACAGCUACUUCUCAGAAAAAAACAUAAAAUCUUGCAUUCUUACCAUACCCUGAACUCUGACUACCUCUUCACUUGCUGAAUCAGCCAAACUGGGAAGCUUUAAAUGGUUUGGGCCGUUUAACCUUAGAGAGAUCCUUUCUUUUAAUCACUGCAAUAUUCAGGCCAGAUAUUUGGAAGCAAUGAUAUUUCCUCUUGUAGUGUCCACAAGACUGAAUACUUGGGUGCUCAAAAUUAGGCUUACUCUCUGGCUCAUGGAUAUACUUCUGGAAUUCUCUGUCUUGGUUGCUGGGGCCUGAGUUUGUGGGCUUUUAAAGCACAGAUCAAUUCACCUGACAACUUUUAGAGCAUUCCAAGUACUGUAGAGUACAACAUUGUUUUCUCUGUUAAUUAAAUGUACACUGAGGAAUGCAUUUUAAAAAUCAAAAUAAAAUUAACCAGUAAUG